UACGUUGAAGCCGCGGCUCGGUUAGCAGCAAAUGACCGGCGGCAAAGAGCUCGAGCCCCGGGGUGAAGACCUCACAACGCAACUUAAAUACCUGCGGGGCACCCUCGUACAGUACAACGCCGCUCAGGAGGGCCGGCGCUUUCAGUGGACAAAUGUGGGGCGAGCAGGCCUGGGAGCGCUGCGCCGCUGCCUCUACCUGCAGCACACGGCGCGCGUGUUUCGGGAAGCUGGCAGCGGGCCCCUGACCCACCUCAAGCCCAGCGGCGCCGCCACUGCGAGGGAGCUCAUCAGCAUGGAGCGGUCGGACGAGCUGGACGCGCCGGGGCCGCUGCAGGCCGCCGCCGCCGCCUUCCUGGCCGCGGUGUGGGCGGAGCUGCAGCACAUGGCGGCGCAGGAGCUGGCGGCGUACGCCGCGGUCAUGGCGCCCUUCGACGCGGGCGGCGGCGGCUGCUCCGACGCCGCCGCCAGCGCCGCACUGCAGCACAUCUGGCAGCGCUUCCACGUGUGGAUGGCGCUCCACACCGCGCCCACGGACCUGCUGGCCGAUCUGAGUGAGGCCGCCGCGGCGCGACUGGCUCCCGAGCCACUGCGGCGCUACCGCCGGGCCGUGUACCUACUGCAGGAGGCCUGGCAGGAGGGUCUGGCCCAGGUGGGCGACCAGCUGGCCGUGGCGCUGCUGGGCGGCGGCGGCGGCGGCGGCGGCGGCGGCAGCGACUCGGGCGGCCUGCCUGAGGGCCGCUACAUCGCCUGGCUGCUCAACUGGCGGCUGUACCUCAUCGUGGACCGGCACAUGGCGGUGAGGGCGGAGGGGGAGAAGGAGGACCGCGCACGCUGCUGACGUACUUCAUGGCCAUGUGCGCGGAUAAGGCGAUGGGCGU